GAAUCAAAAGAAUCGGGAUCUCGAUCGUUGGAUCAUCAAAAAAUGAGGUCAUCCACCUUUAAAAAAAGUUGGCCUUUUAUAUUUUAACAGAAGCAAUUGAAUCUUUUUAUGAUACAAUAUUCUUUUUUCCAAACCAUUCAAGAAUUUAUUUAGCAGUGACAAGAAUGUUAAAUGAGCUCAAUGAUGUGGAUAAGAAGCAGAGAAAUAACAAAAAACGUGUGUGUGUAUAUAUAAAAAAAUGCACGCGCACGAAAUCAUCAUCACCAGCUGAAAUCGUUGCACGAUGAAUUUCAUCAUAUCUUUAAUCUCGUAAACAUAAAGUGCACCAAACUACAAAGUCGAUGGCAGAUGGAGGCCUCGUGGCGUCAUUUAGGUUAGAAAAUUGUACAAAAUGUCCAGUGAAACCACCAGAGGAGGUGCCUUUUCGGCAUCGGGACGUUUUGUAUUAGCAACAAUACACGCGAAUAAAAACUUAAAAUUGUGUCCAACCACAAUGAUUUUAAAUUGAGACCCUAAACCGUGGGAGACUCAAUUAUAAAGAGGGAGAAUUUCGAACAUAAACUCAUCUCGCAACACAACACCUUUCAUAAAAUUUCAUCAUCUUCCGUUCUUCCCGCCGUUCUUCCCCUUCUUCCAAAUUUGCUCACCACUCUCCCAUUUUUGCUCCCCUCCAAAAAUUUCUUUACCUAUUGUAGUACUCCACUUGAAUUUCUCUCCUCAGACGGACACCGUGCACACGUGUCGAGCGCUUUCUGUGAUUUGCGCGGCGCGAGAUGUUCAUUAUCGUAUGUACUUGUGCAUGAGCCGUAUGCUUUAUCCUAUCUCAAGGAAGGCUCUUGCUCGAAUUUUUGGAGCUCAACUCACUGUCAAUUUCAAUGUGCCAUUCAUGAAAUCGUGAUUAACCUACGUGCCUGAGGAAAAAAGUGAAAAAUAUGCCGAAAAAAAUAGCUCCAAUUAAAGAGCCGGUGCCGCGGAGGGGCUCAGUGGCAACUGAAGAGGGUGUAAAACUCAAAAAAGAAAUUGGUCUUUUGGAUGGAGUCGCAAUCAUUGUGGGCAUCAUCGUCGGGUCCGGGAUUUUUGUGUCACCGAAGGGAGUUCUACUCAACAGCAACAGCGUCGGCCAGGCGCUUAUUGUAUGGAUUUCUUCCGGGUUUUUGUCUCUGAUUGGCGCCUUAUGCUACGCCGAAUUGGGUACAAUGAUACCAAAAUCAGGUGGGGACUACGCCUACAUUAGCGAUGCAUUUGGUCCAUUGCCUGCUUUUUUGUACCUGUGGGUUGCCUUAUUUAUUCUGGUGCCAACUGGAAAUGCAAUCACUGCUUUAACUUUUGCCCAGUACAUUUUGCAACCUGCAUGGCCAGGUUGUGAACCUCCAUCAGAUGCCGUGCGAUUACUCGCUGCAGUUGUCACAUGUUUUUUGACUGCGAUAAACUGCUACGAUGUUAAAUGGGCAACUCGAGUCCAGGAUAUUUUUACGGGAACCAAAAUAUUUGCCUUGGUUAUUAUCAUGGCUGCUGGAUUUUGGUGGUUCUGUCUGGGACACACUGAAAAUUUUGACCGGCCAAUGGCUGGCACGAAUUAUCAGCCAGGAUAUAUUGCUCUUGCUAUGUAUUCUGGACUUUUUUCCUACUCGGGGUGGAAUUAUUUAAAUUACGUCACCGAAGAAUUACAAGAUCCAUACAGGAAUUUGCCAAGAGCCAUUUGCAUAUCGCUGCCAUUAGUAACGGUGAUUUAUGUUUUCGCUAAUGUGGCGUACUUUGCUGUUUUAACACAAGACGAGAUCCUCUCAUCAAACGCAGUAGCUGUCACCUUUGGGAAUAAAUUACUGGGACCAAUGGCCUGGAUAAUGCCAUUUUUUGUCGCCUGUUCGACUUUCGGUGCUUUAAAUGGUGCUAUUUUUGCCUCGUCACGACUCUUCUUCGUUGGAGCUCGUAAUGGACAUUUGCCUACUGCCAUAUCUCUUAUCAAUAUUAGGAAUUUGACACCAAUGCCUUCUCUCAUUUUCCUCUGCAUCAUUACGUUGGCUCUUUUGGUAAUAGAGGACGUUUAUGUAUUAAUAAACUACGUGAGUUUCGUUGAAGCAUUAUUCACCACGAUGUCAGUCACCGGCCUUUUAUGGUUGAGGUAUAAAAGACCGGAUCUUCAUCGACCCAUUAAAGUUCCACUUGCACUGCCAAUAGUAUUUUUCAUUAUUUGUGCAUUUUUGGUGACAUUCCCGUGUUACGUUUCACCUUGGGAAGUAGGCGUCGGCUUAAUAUUUAUAAUCUCUGGCAUUCCUGUGUAUAUGACCUUCAUUGAGUGGGACAAAAAGCCGAAAUGGAUCACCAAUGCGUCACACGAUUUCAACAUGUUUUGUGCGAAACUGUUUGAGUGUGUUCAAGAGGAAAAAUACGACUGAAGAGUGGAGUCACUCUGAAUCUUAAAAGAAUAAAAAUUCAUCCCAGGUUGUGAUGAGUUAGAACUAGUUACGCAGUUUAAUGCGUAAAGUUUCCUAAAAGGAGGAUCUUCCAAAAGAACCAAGAAAGUCGUUUUCGACAACAGAGAUUCAGAACUUUAGAACUUUCGGCGAGGAACCAGCAGCCAGCAGCACAGUCAUUAGAAAAUCAUGUGCCUUUUAGAUAUUUUGUAAAUACGAGUGUAAAAUUCGUAUACAUUCCCAAUAAUUUGUCAUUGUCCAAGACUUUUUAUUUAAUUAGUAGGUAUAUUAAUUAUUGCGGCUAAUACACGAAUAAGUUAUUUUAUUUAAGAUCGUCGUCGUCGUCGCGCGGGUGGCACAGGAGAUAUUCAGUGUUCAAGAUGCCAAUUUGAGACGAAUUAUUGUACAAAGCCCGUAGGUUUUAAGAUUUUUAAUAUAUUAUAGACCCGCCUCCUUUUUGAGGUGACGAAUCUUUGCUUUCGUAGAAUAGCAAAUUGUCUUCGAUAUAUUAAACCAAUUUUAUAACAGGGUCCUAUACACCAGUUUUUAACGCAAAAAUGUAGAAGUCAAUAUUAGAGACGAAGGAAAUUUUGUAAACCCUUUUUCGAGGUAGAUUUCUGUAAAUAGUGAAACCUUAAGUCAAUUUUCUAAUGUCAAAUUUGCCGAGGUGCAUGUAGAUAUUUUUUAAAAUAAAUUUUUUUAAAUUAUAUUUCCAGAUUCAAUUAACAAUUAAUUUCAGUAGAAAUUAAUUUGUAAAUAAUAAGAUUAUUUAUAUCGCUUUUGGUAAAUAACAUUGAUUUGUGUCCUCUCAAAAAUUCAUAUAAUGAAGAAAUGACAAUUUUGGUGAUGAAAAUCAGUGUUUGGGGGAUUAUACUUGUACUGGAAAUAUUUAUUUGAAAAAAAUAUCAACCAGUGAACAUCAAAUUGAAGUUUUAUAUGAAAAAUAUUUGACAGGUGCCAAAUUAUAGGAGCGGAAACGUAAAAAGCUUCUAAUUAAACUGGAUUAAUGUGAAGAAAAAUAUUAUUGAAUUUCAAACGUUUUGAAUAUAUUCAUACGCAUAUUGAUAAAAUUCAAUUCACACCUUCUCGAGUUACCUUGUCAUUAGGAUGAAAUUCUUAACACACUAAUAUAUUAUGGACCUGGGGGGAGGGGGAGAAAAGGUCCCUUUCUCUCCCUUGGCGCAUACUAUAUUUUUGAUAACGAAUGGAGGAUUUCAGAUAUUUCUCGAAAUACAGUCAUGAUUUCAGCUCAUAUGACCGUAAAUUGUUCAGAAUUUAAUUUUAAAAUGUCUACACAUUUUUGGUCAUUCAUAGUAAUUUUAUAGGUAAAUAUCGUAAAUUAUCAUAAAUUGGCCAAAAUUAAAUUUUAAUCAUUUUUAUAAAUUUCCGGAAAUUUGUUGAUAAUUUAUGGUAAUAUUGCAGGAUAUUUUAUGGUAACUUUAAUUACCCAAAAUCAAGUAAAAAUUUUCUAUACAUUUCCGGAAAUUUUAUCAAUUAUAUAUGAUAACUUUUCAUACAUUACCACAAAACUGCAUUAUCUACAACGAAAAUUUCCUUACAGUUUUUACGGUAAGUGGGCUGGUGAUCGUAAAAUGCAAGCAUACUAAUAUGUAACUGUCAAUAACGAAAAUAAAAGAGCGGUUUGGGGUAGAAAAUGGGAUUUUCCUCGAAAUCCUACGUUAACAACCCGGCCCUACGAAAAUUGAUACUUUAUACGAAAAAAAGAACUAGUUUGUGUCAUGAAUUUCAUCCCAACAAAAAAAAUAUGUUCAGCGAUACCCAGAGUAUUCUAUGUAAUUCGAAAGCGAAGUGAUAGUUAAUAAAACUUUUACAUUUUAGAAGACAGACAAAAUAAUCGGCAGGUUUUUUUCUGUAUAAACCAAAAUUGUGAAAUUUAUUCUCAAUUUGUGACGAGAAUUAUCAUUCCGUUAAGUACUAAUAGCACUAAAAAGCUAGUAAAGUACUCAAAAAGUACUAAAGAAAACACGAAAGUGACGACUUUACUGAUGAAUAAAGCAUAACACUUACGAGAAAAA